GUCGGGUCUUUUGAGAGAGGCAAACCUGAACACUGAGAACAAACAAAGCUAGUUAGUGCUAGAGGUCUGUGGAUCCACUGUGAAAGUUCAAACCAUGAGGCAUCUUUUACAGCGAGUUCUUCAACAAGAUAGAACAUUCUAUUGGAAAAGACUUUCAAACCUUAGGGCUUGCACACAAGGAGUCAGGCUUCGUACAUGUACUACCAUAUAUAGUAGUAAAGUGGACCAGUGCUGCUACCCUGUAACUGUAAGCCAGCAUUGCCUGAACUAUAGAGAGUUUCAUAGUACUAGUAAAUGUCUUCCAUCAUCUCUGCAUAGUUCUAAGUCAACAAAUUCUUCAAUUGCAAGACUAAGACCAUACUGCACAAAUGUAACUACAAGGCAUGAGGAUGGAGAGCUACUGAGGGAUACUUUGGACAACAUUUCAGUCUUGGAGGCAGUUUCCUACUGGACUGCGGAGUUUGAAACAGCAGGAGUGCCUGAACCUGAUGCAUCGGCAGAGUACAUAGCAGCACAUGUACUGGGUUAUAAAUCAUUCAGCCUCAUCAGUCCACUUGUACAGAACUUGACAGCAGAGGAAAGGACCAGGAUGUCGGAGCUGUGUCAGAAAAGGAUGAAGCGUAUGCCCAUACAGUACAUCCUUGGUGAGUGGGACUUCAGGGACCUGAACCUGAUCAUGAGACCUCCAGUCUUCAUCCCCAGGCCUGAAACAGAGGAGCUAGUAGAACACCUGUGGAUGUACAUACAGGAGGACCUGACCAGACAGGAGGAUGAGCUGGCUAUCCUGGAGGUGGGCUGUGGGAGUGGAGCCAUCUCCUUAUCACUGUUACAGGAGUUUCCUCAGGCACAUUGCACUGCUGUUGAUAUGACAAAAGAAGCUGUGGAACUCACACAACACAACGCUGAAAGGUUGGGACUUUCGGGCAGGCUUGAUGUAAAGCAAAUGCAGUUCAACACCUCAGCUGACUUUGAAACAAAAUUUGAUGUGAUAGUCAGCAACCCUCCCUACAUCUGGACACAGGAUAUGGAAACCUUGGAACGAGAAGUAGCAGGGUAUGAGAAUUACUGUGCGCUCCAUGGUGGUACAGAUGGGAUGGGGGUGAUUAGAGACAUCAUACAUACAGGACACAGGCUACUCAAACCUGGUGGAUCUAUUUGGCUGGAGGUUGAUCCUCGUCACCCAGACAUGAUACAGACCUACCUCCACAACCACCUGCAGUACCAGCUGCAUCUGACAGGGGUCUACCAGGACUUCAAUAACAGGCCCAGAUUUUGCUGCUUGGAACUAAGAGAGUAAUAAACAUCUACAUGUCACAUAUACAUGUAUAUGAUAUUAAUAAUAAAAGAUUUUAGAGCAUAACAAUACACACAUACAGUAACAAUGUUUCCAUUUUCUGUUGGAAUGGUACUAAGUAUUUGGAAUCAGAUAUACAGUAUUUUAACCUUAGACUUUAAAGGUGCAAUAGAGCAUUUAAGACACUUAGAUUCCUGAGUUCCAUAGGAAUAAAAAUGCAUCUCCAAUUGUACAUCUCGUAAUAGUUGCUGGAAAAAUCACAUUGAAGCAUUUAACUACAAAUGUAUCAAAUGCUAAUUACCAGAACUUUAGCACAGAUGCUUGUCAAAAUCGACACAUCAUUUCAUUUUUUUUUUCUCAGAAAAGGGAAAACCAACAUAUCAUGCCUCUGACUCAGAAAUUUGUAGUAUACAAUAGAUACUGUAUUAUUAAUCGAAACAAUGGUAUUGGUGCUGAAUUUAUGUUUUUGAAUGUCACAAUAAAAGUUCAAAGUUGUAAUAUUCCAUGACUCAAUUGCAAUGAUUUUAACAUUCUAGUCCAGUGUACUUGGCAUUUAUUUACAGCCAUACUUCUGUAUAUGACAAACAAUUAAAGGUCAACAAACAGAUCAUCAUCUGCAA